UCGAUAAGAAAGAUAUUUCCGAAAUGAGAGUGAGCGAAGGAAUGCAGAAAACUCCAUUUCCCGCUAUGCCGCUACUGCUUCUGCUUCGAGCUUUCAACUUGUAAACCAAAACCAAACUCGUAUUCGCAUUCGCAUUCGCAUUCGCUUCCAAUGGCCGCUCUCACCUCUCUCUCCCUCUCUCUCCGCCCUCUCUCUCUCCGCCUCAAGCCAACCGCGACCCUCUCCGCCGCACUCCCAGGAAGCACCGAUGGAGCCAAAACCAAAGCGCCGCGGAGAAGAGCGGGGCGAAUAGAAGGACCUAGAAAGAGCAUGGAGGACUCCGUUCAGCGCAAGAUGGAGCAGUUCUACGAAGGCUCCGACGGGCCUCCGCUUCGCGUUCUCCCUAUCGGCGGUUUGGGGGAGAUUGGGAUGAAUUGCAUGCUCGUCGGGAACCAUGACCGUUAUAUCCUCAUUGACGCUGGUGUCAUGUUUCCAGACUAUGAUGAACUUGGAGUUCAGAAGAUUAUACCUGAUACGACUUUUAUAAGGAAGUGGAGCCACAAGAUUGAAGCUCUCGUCAUAACACAUGGUCAUGAAGAUCAUAUUGGUGCGUUGCCUUGGGUCAUCCCAGCAUUGGAUUCCAAUACACCAAUUUUUGCAUCAUCCUUUACAAUGGAGCUUAUUAGAAAACGUUUGAAGGAACAUGGUAUUUUUGUUCCAUCUAGGCUCAAAGUAUUUAGAACCAGGAAAAAGUUUGUGGCUGGGCCAUUUGAGAUAGAACCUAUAAGGGUGACCCAUUCCAUUCCUGAUUGUUGUGGACUAGUUCUUCGUUGUUCUGAUGGUACAAUUCUUCACACUGGGGACUGGAAGAUUGAUGAGACACCACUAGAUGGGAAAGUUUUUGAUCGUGAAGCUUUAGAGGAACUCUCUAAAGAAGGAGUAACAUUGAUGAUGAGUGAUUCAACAAAUAUACUCUCACCUGGUAGGACAACCAGUGAAUCUGUUGUAGCAGAUGCAUUAUUGAGACAUAUUUCAGCUUCUAAAGGAAGGGUCAUUACUACUCAAUUUGCGUCAAAUUUACAUCGGCUUGGAAGUGUGAAAGCUGCUGCUGAUUUAACUGGCAGAAAGUUGGUAUUUGUUGGCAUGUCUUUAAGGACGUAUUUAGAUGCAGCUUGGAAGGAUGGAAAGGCUCCAAUUGAUCCAUCCACUCUGGUGAAAGCAGAGGAUAUUGAUGCUUAUGCUCCAAAGGAUCUGCUAAUUGUAACCACAGGUUCUCAAGCAGAACCACGUGCUGCCUUGAACCUUGCAUCUUACGGAAGUAGUCAUGCUUUCAAACUAACCAAGGAAGAUGUCGUUUUGUAUUCAGCUAAGGUUAUCCCUGGUAAUGAGUCUCGUGUGAUGGAAAUGCUAAACCGCAUAUCAGAGAUUGGAUCAACGAUAGUUAUGGGAAAAAAUGAAAAUCUGCACACAUCUGGUCAUGCAUAUCGUGGAGAAUUGGAAGAAGUACUUAGAAUAGUGAAGCCACAACAUUUUCUUCCCAUCCAUGGAGAGCUUUUGUUCCUGAAGGAACAUGAGUUACUUGGAAAAUCAACUGGAAUUCGGCACACUGCUGUUAUUAAGAAUGGGGAGAUGCUUGGUGUUUCACAUUUGAGAAAUAGAAGAAUCCUUUCUAAUGGUUUCAUUUCCCUUGGAAAAGAGAAUUUACAGUUGAAAUAUAGUGAUGGCGAUAGAGCAUUUGGUACAUCUAGUGAACUCUUCAUUGAUGAAAGAUUGAGAAUCGCAUUAGAUGGCAUCAUUGUCAUUAGCAUGGAAAUAUUUCGCCCUAAAAUUUUAGAUAGUUUGACUGAGAACACGUUAAAAGGGAAGAUAAGGAUUACCACAAGAUGCUUAUGGCUUGAUAAAGGGAAGCUGAUGGAUGCACUCUACAAAGCUGCCCGUGCAGCUCUUUCAAGCUGCCCUGUAAAGAGUCCACUGGCUCACAUCGAAAGAACUGUGUCUGAGGUAUUGAGGAAGAUGGUGAGGAAAUACAGUGGUAAACGACCUGAAGUUAUUGCCAUUGCCAUAGAAAACCCUUCAGGCAUUCUUGCUGAUGAGAUGAACACAAAAUUGUCUGGCAAAAAAGCCCAUGUGGGUCUUGGAAUAUCAUCAGUAAGAAAAGCAGUGGAUGAGCAUGAGAAGGGAAAUCCGUCCACCACACUGCAAGCUAGAGAUGAUAGUAUUGAUAAUGCAAGUGUAGCUGAGCGUGAUUUAUCUGAGGGAGACAACUCUGCAAGUGGAGCUGAGGGUGAUUUAUCUCAGUCAGAGGAAUCAGAAGAAUUUUGGAAACCAUUCGUUACAUCGUUGCCAAUUGAGGAGUCAAUUGGUGCUGACAGUGGUUAUGUUUCACAAAAGGAGCAUAAAUCCAAUUUGAAGAAAGAUGAUUCUAAAGACAUGGAUGAAGCCAAGUAUGAAGAAACAUGUAAUUCUGAACCCAAGUCUUCAAAAUCAGUAAAGAGAAACAAAUGGAAAACUGAAGAAAUUAAGAAGCUGAUUGGUAUGCGUGGGGAACUACGUGACAGAUUUCAAGUUGUGAAGGGAAGGAUGGCCCUCUGGGAAGAGAUAUCUCAAAAAUUGUUGGCUGAUGGGAUCAGCAGAAGUCCUGGACAAUGCAAAUCUCUGUGGACAUCUUUGGCACUGAAAUAUGAGGGGAUCAAGAAAGAGAAGGAUGGUGAGAAAAGUUGGCAGUAUUUUGAGGACAUGGAAAGGAUAAUGUCUGAUAAAGAAAUCCCUGCAGCAAAAUGAUUGGAAAUAUGAUGGGCACUGGAUAGGAUAAGAUAUUUUGGAGAGCUCUCUACAUUAAAAUUGUUGAUUAGUUUCAUCACUUGCGGGACAUUGAAGAUCCAUAGUUUUUUGAGGGGUGAGGGAUAGAUUAUAUUAAAGGGGUUGGCUUUCAUAUUAACACGGGAAUAUCUAGGUUUAGGGGACUAUUUAUUCCCCACCUCAAAUACCUGUUCCCUUUUUUAUUUUUAUUUUUAUUUAUUACAUUUGUCUAAAUAUAUUGCAUAAUUAUUUAUUUUUGUUUGUGGCACAUAUCGGGUGCCUAAGCAACCAUGGAAAUGUCUACAGCAUUUUGGCCAUAAGCAUUGAAUAAUGAAAAGAAAGCUUUGAUGCUUUUACUUGCCA